AUGUUCGCACAACGCAGUUUACCUUUUCAUAGGAUACACAUUGCGCUUUCAUUAGCUGGCGCCGGUAUAAUAAGCGGUAUAUGUGACACUCGUUUAUUUCUACCUGUGGGUCUUGAAGCCUUACACACCGCCAGUAGGCGUAUUAUUUUUCCAAGUGACAGAGAAUAUAGAGUAUAUGGUACGCCAUCGAAGCGUUACACAGGUGUUCAAAGGUUCACAUCAAACGCGGAAGGUUUCCUAUUCACAAAUCGCACGUGCGAAAAGAAGUCACGUGCUGCGGUGCCUGUGUCUCUUGCUCAAUCCAGAGAUGCGAUGACGGUUGUUGGUAGCGUACCUGGAUGGGCUCAUGAUGCCUUCAAAGUAGAACACCACGCUUACGAAAAGAUUAGACAAGCAUUUAUCCCAGAAUUGGGCUUGGCCGCCGUUAUAUACAAGCAUAAAAUAACGGGAAUUUCAAUUAUUUCUUUAGCAACCGAUGCAGCGAGCGGUAAGGAGAUUUGUUUUGAUAUAAUUAUACCAACGCCUCCGUCAAACGAUUGUGGAUGCCCGCAUAUAUUGGAACACGCAGUAUUGGAAGGUUCAAAGAAAUACCCUAGUAAGGGUGGAUUCUCAAUCCUUCUCCAGGGGGGCUUCCAGAGUUUUGUUAAUGCGUUCACAUACAAGGACCGAACAUCGUAUCUGUUCGCAUCUACCAAUGAGAAAGACUUCUACAUUACGGCAGACUUCUACAUGAGCGCUGUUUUCCAGCCGAACGUAAGGCAUGAUCCGAGAAUUUUCCGGCAGGAGGCAUGGCAUUACAAAGUUUCGAAACAUGACCCAUUGUCACAUUGUGAAGAAGACCAUGGCAUAAUAUUACAUGACAGGCAUAUAAGUUAUGGAGGUAUAGUAUAUAGUGAAAUGAAAAAAGCGUACUCCGACCCACUUUCUAGGGCACAGGAUUACAUUUAUCAAGGCCUCCACACAAACAGCUACAGAUUCGAUUCCGGUGGCGAUCCCGAACACAUAGUAAGGCUAAACCACAAGGAAUUGGUGGAUUUCUAUGUCACGUAUUAUGGGCCCAAAACAGCAAAUAUUUAUUUUUAUGGUCCUGAUGAUGUCCUCAAGAGGUUAAACUUUGUGGAUAAUUUCUUAAAGGAAAACAGCAUAAUAUCUACCCCCGAUUUGCACAAGGCAACCCUAGAUACAGCUAAUAGUAACCUACAUCCAGAGGUUUACAGAGAAUUGGAUGGGGUCAUUCAUGGCACAUUUGGAGCGACCGGGUGCGAGGGAGAAGAUUUACUCCUAACGGGCUGGUUGCUGGACCCUCAGGACAACACAAAUGCAAGCGUCAUAAACAAAGGAAGAUUCAAUAUAGACUUAGUUGAUGCUUUGGGCAUGGAAGUAUUGGAACAUUUACUAGUGGGAACAUCGGAGAGCCUGCUGUACAAAUCACUAAUAAAAUCUGGAUUGGGUAAUAAAGUUGUUGGAUCUGGAUUGACAAAUUAUUUUAAGCAAUCUAGCUUUGUAAUAGGUUUGGCAGGGGUGAAUUGCAGCAAGUACAAUUCAAAGGAAGAUGCCAGGUUGACAUUUGAGGAAGUUGUAAUGUCCACAUUCAAAAAGAUCGUAAACGAUGGAAUAAAGAAGGAGGCCUUAAAUGCAUCUUUGAACUAUAUUGAAUUUCAAAUGAGGGAGCUAAAUACCGGUUCAUUUCCCAAAGGGCUAAUGCUAGUUAAUCUUAUACAAUCGCAGUCACAAUACGGCAAGGACCCCUUUGCACCUCUUUUCUUUGACGGUUUAAUAAACCAACUUAAAGAUAGAUUGAUUGAAGACCCUGGGUAUUUUCAACAAUUAGUUGAAAAACACCUUUUACAGAACAAGCACAAAGUUACAGUUCACAUGGAAGCAAUUAAUCCGAGCGAAUUCGAAAAGCUUUCUAAUGAAUCAAUAAGGGGAUCGUUGAUGAAGGCUUUAGGCAGUUUGAGUAGAAAAGAAGUGGAUCAUAUGGAGAGUGAGUAUAUCCGAUUCAAAAGUGAUUGUGAAGAGUCGGAAGAUCCUAAAAGUCUUGACAACCUCCCAACCUUAUCGUUAAAAGAUAUUGACAGAGAAAAUGAGCUAAUACCUACUAUUUACUAUAUAUUGGGUAGGCCGCAAACAUAUGACGAGAAACCUCAAAUGGCAUCGGGCGACAUUCUGUUAUUAUGCCACCCCAUAGAAUCUCAGGGAAUCAUAUAUUUAGACCUUGCCAUAUCUUUGGAGGAUUUAACUCUGGAUGAAAUUCGGUAUAUGGAUAUAUUCUGUAGCAUGUUGAAGGAAGCUGGGACAUACGAAAUUUCAUCGGAAGAUCUGAGUUAUCGCAUAUCAGCUAAUUUGGGGGGGUUUGCAGCCACAUUUUCCUUUAUGUCACCCGCCAAUGGAAGGAAACACAGUAAAAGAAAGGAUGCUUUGGGCUAUCUAUACAUAAGAUCUAAGGCUUUGAAAGGUAAGGAGAACGACAUGGUUGAUAUUAUUGUUGAUGUUCUUAAGGCUAGCAACUUCGGUAAUAUGAAAAAAGGAUUAGAAAUAAUGAGACGCAAGAUUAAUCAAAUGGAGAAUGAUUUAAUAUCUGAGGGACAUAAGUAUGCCUCUAGGAGGCUUAUGAGGGGGUUUUCCGUCACGGAUCAUGCUGCUGAAAUAUCAAGUGGAUACGAAUAUCUGCAAACACUGAAGAACGAAAUUCACCCAACUGCUGAAAAAGAUUGGUCCAGCGUAGCAUCUAAAUUAGAAAAUAUUAGGUCAAAACUGCUGCAUUCGAAGAACGUAAUAGCGAACGUAACAUCCAGUGCCGAUAUUAGCAAACGGUGGUUAGAACAAGAUAGUGGGAAUUUAUCACGCCAGCUGACAAGCACAUUCGUGUCUUCACACGUGUCACCUCAGAAAAAUUGGGUUGAGGAAAUUAUAGAAAAUGAGGGUGAUUACAGCCGGAAUGAGGUUAUUGUGGCACCUACAAAAGUGAACUUUGUAGGUAUGGGAGGGCCGUUGUUUAAUGAAGAGCCCACCAACGGAGCCGAUGAUUUGGUGUUGCACUACUUAACUUCAUCUUAUCUGUGGAGGCAAGUGAGAGUGUCUCUGGGCGCAUAUGGCGUAUUUUGUAAUCUAUCGCCAUGCGGUGAUAUCGUAUUCAUGUCGUAUGCUGAUCCUAACUUCAACGAAACGCUACAAGUCUUUAGAAACGUGCCAAAUGCUAUUGCAGAGGCAUUAGAAACGCUAGGAGAUAAAGCCUUAUUACGUCAAAAAAUAGGGAAGAUCAGUAGCAUCGACAAACCAUUGUCUGCAGAUAGCAGGGGAUUUCUGGCGUUGAAUCGCAUAAUAAGGGGGGAAACGGACGCCGAUAGACAGCUAUAUCGAGAAGAAAUUUUAGACGCAACUGUGGAGUGCUUCACGAGAUUAUGCAGUAAGAUGAGGAGUACGAACGAAUGGCACAAAGUGUGCGCUGUCGUCAGCAGGACCACUGCGGAAACACUGCCCAAGACUUUCGUCCAAUUGAACCCGAUGAAAGAACACAUAUAA